AUGUCAACCCUCGAUAUAGAUCUGAAGAGGAGACCGAGUGACGAUCUAGCGAACUCGGCCAAAUCCUUGCGACUUGAGGAUAAAAAAGAUAACCAAUACAAUAAUGAUGGCGACGGCUCUCAAUACAAUAAUACUUCCACCGGCAGGCAGUAUGUUGCCGACCAAAUUAACAUCACCGAAAACCGGAUAGACAAGGGCGAAAACCUCGAGUUUCUCAAGGACUUGCGGUUGACAGACCCUCGCGACGACAAGUCUCGUAUCCUGGACACAAAGGGUGGCCUUCUGACUAAAUCAUACGAAUGGAUUGUUGAUUUUGGGGAUUUUAAGAAAUGGCGCAGUGACCAGGGCAGCGGCGUGUUCUGGAUCAGCGGUAGUCCAGGCAAGGGGAAGACUAUGCUUCUCUGCGGCAUCAUUGACCACCUGAGUAACCCCGGUGUUAAGCAUAUUCCUCCAUCUUUCUUCUUUUUCCAGGAAGGCGAUUCGCAGCUUAACAACGCUACUACUAUGCUCCGGGGCUUAAUCUACCUUCUUGCUCUCCAACACCGAUCAUUUCUCGAAUACUUGCAGGAAAGAUAUAGUCUCAGUGGCGGAACGCUUUUCGCAGACCCAGAGAACUUCUUCGCCCUAUCCAAUGUUUUCAGAAACAUGCUGUCGAUCCAGACGACGAAGCCAAUAUACCUAAUUGUUGAUGCGCUCGACGAGUGUCAAACAGAUUUACGAAAGUUACUAGACCUUAUAUGCCAGACAUCAUCGACACCAUCCAAUUGUGUCAAGUGGAUUGUCUCCAGCCGCAACCUAUACGAUAUCAAGGAGGUAUUAGGGCCUUUUGAACACAAAGUCUACCUCAGCCUCGACCAAAACGAUGCGCUGAUAUCUACCGCCGUUAACACAUAUAUCGAUCAUAAAGUGGGUCAACUCUCAAGAGCCAAAGGAUACAGCCGUGCAGUGCAAGAGGAGGUUCGGAAAUAUUUGAAAGAAAACGCCAACGAAACGUUCCUCUGGGUAGCUCUGGUGUGUCAGCGCCUGUCGGGUAUCAAGCCGUGGAAUACGCGCGCCGAAUUGCAUAAAUUCCCCCCUGGGCUGCAGGAUAUGUAUGGAGUUAUGCUUGGCCAAAUGCUGAAGUUAGAUGAUAAUGAUCUUGACUUCUGCAAAAGCAUACUCGCCAUCGCAAUGAUUGCUCAUCGGCCCAUUACAUUUGCUGAGCUUCCUUCUCUAAUUGAGCUCGAAGGUGAUAUCUCAGGGUACACUGAGUGGCUCGAAGAUAUCAUUAAGCUUUGCGGUUCGUUCCUGAUCACUCGUCGAGAGACUAUCUAUUUCGUACAUCAAUCUGCAAAGGAGUACCUACAGACUCAUGCCUCCACUGAAAUUAUGCCGUCUGGAAUCUCUGAUGUUCACUAUAACGUUUCUUUACGGUCACUUACGACUUUGAUGCGGACGCUGAGACGGGACAUCUAUGCUCAAUCUCGACCCGGAUUGGCCAUCAAUCAGAUGGAACAGCCUGACCCAGAUCCUCUGAAGGCUGUCCGAUACUCUUGCGUGUACUGGGCCCACCAUCUCCAUGAAGCCUACACAAAGAACCUACAAAAAUGCCGGGAUUGCCUCAGUCGAGGCGAUAAUAUUGUUUACCAAUUUCUUAGAAAGCUCUUUCUCUAUUGGCUUGAAUCUCUGAGUCUAUUGAGGCGGAUGCGAGCAGGCAUAAUUGCCGUAGAGAAGGUCGAAGCAGUACUUGAGGACCUGGGUGCCAACCCUAAUUUUCUGACGCUUGUCCAAGAUGCUCGAAGGUUUGUUCUAUACAACCAGGUGCUGAUUGAGAAUGCGCCGCUUCAAACAUAUGCCUCAGCUCUCGUCUUCAUACCUGCGAAGAGUGUUAUUAAGGAGUCAUUUCGAAUGGAAGAGCCAAAAUGGAUGAAAACAUACCCCAUAAUGGAAGAUAGCUGGAGUGCGUGUCUCCAGACACUCGAAGCCCACAAUGAUACAAUCAGAUCGGUGGUUUUCUCCCACGACCAUAAACAUCUUGCAUCAGCCUCAAGCGAUUAUUCCAUUAAAAUCUGGGAUGCGGUAUCCGGGAAAUGGGAGAAAACCCUCAAAGGCCAUAGUAACUGUGUUACCUCCUUAGUUUUCUCACACGACAAUAACCUGCUAGUUUCCGCUUCAAACGACAAAACUAUUCGGUUCUGGGGAGCCCAUUCGGGAAAGUGUCUGCAGACUCUCAGGGGCCACGAGAAUCACGUCAGAUCGGUUGUUCUCUCUUAUGACAAGGAGUUUCUUAUUUCUGCCUCGUGCGACCGCACUAUCAGGAUUUGGAAUAUUACCUUGGGCGAGUGUGUUCGAACUCUUAAAGGCCACCUUGAUUGGGUUAACGCUCUAGCGCUCUCGCACAAAAGUGGUCUACGUCACCUUGCAUCAGCCUCAAGUGAUCGAACUAUCAGAAUAUGGGAUGUCGAUGAUGGUAGAUGCAUUACAAUACUCAAGGGCCAUAGCGACUGGGUUAAUUCAAUAUCCUUCAAGCAAAACAGCGUAUAUCUUGCUUCGGGAUCAAGUGACAAAACUGUGAGAAUUUGGGAUGUUGCUACAUCCUCCUGUGUGAAAGUACUCCAAGGCCAUACCAACUGGAUCAAUUCCGUAGCAUUCUCUCACAAUGGCAAGUACCUCGCAUCUGCGUCCAACGAUGCAUCCAUUAAGAUCUGGAACAGUGAUGGCAAAUGUGAACAGACUCUUCGGAGUCAUAGCUGGACAGUGACCGCUCUGGCAUUUUCCCCGGACGACCAGCGUCUGAUAUCUGGCUCCUCGGACCGUACGAUCAAGGUCUGGGAUAUGAGUAUUAUUGGCAAAAAUAUGCGAGUUAUCAGUGCUCAUGAUAAAUGGGUUGAUUCGUUAACAUUCUCCCGUGAUGGCAAAUACAUAGCAUCGAUAUCAGACGACUGGACGCUCAUGAUCUGGAGCGCAACCACGGGUGAGUAUAUGCAUACACUCGGAAGCCACAAGGAUAUGCUCAAUGGGCUAUGUUUUUCAAGUGAUACCUAUUUAGCGUCUGCUUCAAGCGACCGAACCGCCAGGAUAUGGGAUAUCACUACGGGUGAAUGCAAGGAAACCCUAGAAGGCCACGAGGACUGUGUCAAUUCUGUCGAUUUUUCGCCUGAUGGAAGCCUCCUCGUAUCCUCUUCGGGCGACCAUACUGUUAGAGUCUGGGAGGUUGACACUGGCAUGUGCAUACAGUUAUUCGAAGGCCACACUGAGUCGGUGGGAACAGCUGUGUUUUCAACAGAUGGCCAGUACAUCGCUUCCUCAUCACGCGACAAAUCUGUCAGAAUUUGGAGUAUUGCAGAAGUAGAAUGCGUAUGGGUAUUGAAUGGCCACGAUGGUUGGGUUAAUUCAGCAGUCUUUUCGGACGACAGCCAGUUCAUUGCAUCAACGUCAACAGAUAAGACAGUCAGAAUCUGGCAUGUCCGUACGGGUGUCUGCGCCCGCGUUCUCCAUGGUCAUAAGGACUCGGUCAAUGCCGUCGCCUUUUCACAUAGCGGCAAGCUCCUCGCUUCGACAUCAGCUGAUGAGACUCUCAGGAUCUGGGAGACCAGCACAGGCAAGUGCAUCGCUGGUAUCAAUGCAAGAAUUCUUCUUCAUACUGUGUCCUUCGACCCGACAGAUUCUUAUCUACUUACUAAAAUCGGGCGAGUCGCACUCGGUUCAUUAUUACAGCCCAAAACCGGACAGACAAUCUGGUAUGGCUACGGUAUGAGCCCUGACUUGACUUGGAUAACUUGCCACGGUCAAAAUCUGAUGCGUGUGCCCUCUGAACACAAUCUACUUUGCAGUGCUGUAUUCGAAUCGACAGUUGCCAUUGGCACUGAGGCUGGAAAGGUGUUUGUGCUAGAAUUCAAACCAGAUAUGAUAUUCCCGUCUCCGCGGGUGGAAGAAAACUGGAUGAUAGACGAGCCAAUGGCGGAGGGUUGGCAAGCGCCGCCCAUCAUCCCGUUCCAUGAGCUUAGCGCUUCCGCGCAAGCGACAAGCGCCCCGCUCACGCAGGACGGUGAUAUCUCUUCGGAACAGGAGGCUGCUGGGUCACCCAUGCAGAAUUACGACGUCACAAUGAGGAGGGAAUCAGAUUCAGACGGUCGAACACCUCUACAUCUUGCUGUUUUGAGCAAUAAUGAGCAGCUCGUGCUACAGCUUUUGAGAGACAAAGAAGUAGACCAAAACGCAAAAGACAAGCAUUCACGGACUGCUCUUUUCUAUGCGAUGCAACAGAGGAAAACAAAAAUUGCUCUUGCUCUGGCAGAGAAGUGGAAUGUUGCAACCCGAGUGGUCAUAAGUCAUUUAAAUCACCCGGCGCAGGAUUACAAAGACAAGUCUCUCUUCAAUGCGAUUAUGAGACAAAACCACGACGAAAUAGGAUUUUUAAUAGAAACUGGUGCAAACACUGAAGCUAGAGGGUACGGUAUCUGGCCUGGCUGGAAAGGUACUACACUCCACGAAGCAGCAUGGUUUGGAACCCUGGAGAUUCUGCAGCUCAUGCUAGACUGUGGAGCAGAAAAAUAUGCAACAGAUAUUGGGGGUCGAACUCCUUCACAUCACCCAAACUGGUCCCGUACCAAAGAGAUAUCCAAAUUUUUGAGUUGA